UGCAUCUCUCAUUUAGGAAACUGGAGUUAGAUCGAGUUUAUUCUAAAUUAGGUGAAAAGAUUACCAGAAUCUUUAGAGACUACAUGACAAAGGUUACCGAGUUUGAGGAGCUAGCUGAUGUGGGGAAGAGGUUUCUUACUAGAUUUAACAGGGUAACAGCAAUGUUUAGGACGGUUGAACUUCAGAAGACUUCAAACAACAUCAGUAGGAUAAUUGAUGCUAACUGGAAUGAACAUAUGAAAACUUAUGUUGAAGCAGGGUGCAAACAACAGUCGCAAAGUGUUCAAAAUAUGUAUAAUUCUCACUCUUGUGUUUUGGGAUUGCGAGACAAUUUGAAGAAUGGUAUUACUAUUAACUCCCAUCUGAAGCUUUGCUCAAUGAACUUGAUUGCCUAAAGGAAGAUGCAAUUGCUGUCACAGAAGCAGCAACCAAGAGUGCUACGGCUUUGGAUGACUCUUUUUGUGAAGAAAUGUUAAAAGAUAUUUCCUUUGAG